AUGCUCUCCAACAUCAGCCGUGCUUCUGUCAAGCCUACCCAAAUGGCCUCUCGUGCCUUCAUCUCCACUUGGAAUGCUGUUCCUCAAGGCCCUCCUGAUGCCAUUUUGGGUGUUACUGAGGCUUUCAAGAGAGAUACCUCUCCCAAGAAGAUGAAUUUGGGUGUUGGUGCUUACCGUGAUGAUGGUGGCAAGCCUUACGUCUUGACCUCUGUCAAGAAGGCUGAAAGACUUAUGCUCAAUAAGAACAUGGACAAGGAGUAUGCUGGUAUUACUGGUGUUCCCUCUUUUACCAAGGCUGCUGGUGCUCUUGCUUAUGGCGACAACAGCCCUGUUAUCGGUGAGGAUAGACUCGCUAUUGCUCAAUCUAUCUCCGGCACUGGUGCUCUUCGUAUGGGUGCCGAGUUCUUCAAUGCUUGGUAUCCUCAUGCUAAGAACAUCAUUGUUCCCAACCCUACUUGGGGCAAUCAUAUCCCUAUCAUGAAGAAUGCUGGUCUCUCUUUGGAAAAGUACACCUACUUUGACAAGCAAACCAAUGGCCUCAACAUUGACGGUAUGUUGGAAGAUCUUCACAAAGCACCCAAGAACACCAUUGUCUUGCUUCAUGCUUGUGCCCACAACCCCACUGGUGUUGAUCCUACCAAGGAACAAUGGAACGAAAUCUCCAAGGUCAUGAAGGAACGUGAGCAUUUCUCAUUCUUUGACAUGGCCUACCAAGGCUUUGCCUCUGGUGAUUGUACUCGCGAUGCUUAUGCUCUCCGUAAGUUUGUUGAUGAUGGUCAUCAAGUUGUUUUGGCACAAUCCUUUGCCAAGAACAUGGGUCUCUAUGGUGAGCGUGUCGGUUCUUUCUCCAUUGCCUGUGCUGAUGCUGAAGAGAAGGCUCGUGUUGAUUCUCAACUCAAGAUCAUCAUCCGUCCCAUGUACUCCAAUCCUCCCAUCCACGGUGCUCACAUUGUCAGCACUGUCUUGAACACACCCGAAUUGAAGGAAGAAUGGCUCGGUGAGGUCAAGACCAUGGCCGAUCGUAUCAUCACCAUGAGAGAUAAGCUCAGAGGUCAUCUUGAAAACGACUUUGGAUCCAAGAAGAGCUGGAACCACAUUACAGAUCAAAUUGGUAUGUUCUGUUACUCUGGUAUGACUCCCGAGCAAGUUGAGAAGAUCAAGUCUGACUGGCACGUCUACUUGACCCAAGAUGGCAGAAUUUCCAUGGCUGGUAUCUCUUCUGCUAACGUCAAGUACCUUGCUGAAGCUAUUCACAACGUCACCAAAGAUUAA